GCUGAUCCCAGUGAAACCUUCGGGGGUUAUUUAUAUGAAAUAAAUUAUAUUUAUUAAAAAAGCGCUUUAAAUAACUGUGUAAUGUAAUAAAAGCAGAAUGACGAUUUAAAAUGUAUUCGUUUCCAUUAUGAUUAAUCCACAUGUAUAUCAUUAACUUAGUUACCGCGGGAAAAUUCUGAAACGUUUGACUACAAUAAUGGCCGCAAUAGCGCCAAUACUCUUCAUGUUUGUUACAAUAGAAUAAAAUUUGCUGUUUAAAUUAUGAUUAUUCAUUGCUAUUUAUGAGUUACAAGAUUGAAUUUGAAAUGGAUAUCAAUACUGAGGUCUCAACUCAAUCACUACUCGAUGUUCUUCUGAGCGACCUUGACAAAACGAUUACACCAUGUGCUAAUAAAAAGAAUGAGAAAAAAGAAGAAGAAAUACAGAAUGCCAUGCCAGACUCAACAACCAACACGGAGAAAAACAAUGCCAACCCAUUCCAUUGUGGUGAUGAUGUGCUCGUACCUAAUAAAGACGGGAAAUAUUAUUUAGGAACUAUAGUGGAGUUGAGCACCAAUAAUGACAAUGAUUCCUGUGAAGUUGGAAUGGGCGUCGCGAGAUGCCUCGUCAAAUUCGGCGAUGGAACACACUCUUGGGCGCCGGUGUCGACGCUCAAGCUGCUCAUUGCACCGCCAGCGGAUGACGGGCGCAUUAUGUGCGUUGUGUGCAAACGCCGUGAGGGGCCCGCUGCGAGUCCCGCCAUUAACGCUAUCAUUGCAUGUGACAUGUGCGGUCGUGGAUAUCAUGCCAAGUGCCACUCCCCACCUGUUGAAUCGUGGAUAAAUGGAGCGUCGUGGAAUUGCAAAAGAUGCGUCGACCAAAGAUACAGAGUAGCUGCAGCAGAAAACAGAGCAUUGAAGCGAUCAGAUUUGUUCAGAUUCAAAGGGGGACAGCAAAGGCGGCAGCAACAAGAGCUAACUCCACCAUGUGAUACUGCAUCCACAACAUCUUCAACAGCUUCAGAAGCAGGAAAAGACCAGAAUGAAACACAUUGCUAUUGUGGUGAAAAAAGUGACUGGCUUGCACAGAUGUUGUUAUGCUGCCGAUGUUCCCGUUGGUUCCACCAAAGAUGCGUGUCGAGUUUACAAUAUCCCCUAUAUGCUGGAGACAAACUCUACAUAUUUGCUUGUGCUAAUUGUAAUGGUGGUAUAGAAUAUUUACGACGGUUGGAGCUUUGUUGGUUGGACUUGGCUCAUUUAGCACUGUAUAAUUUAACAGCGUAUAAUGCACCAAAUUACUUCGACUUAGAUAAUGUUAUAAUGCCGUAUAUAAUGGAUAACUGGCAUGCAUUGCAGUUACCUGAGAAGAUGUGGCGAACCCCUGUGAACGAGCGUCGUGAGAAAAUUCUUACAGCUUUAACAUCGUCGCGGAAGCGUUUCAAAUGUGGCCGUGAGAUGAAGAAACGCGCUACAAUUUGGGGUUUACGCCUUCGACGCCCACCGCCUCAGCCAAUGCAAUUAUCAGCUUUAGAACAGAUAAAGAAAGGUGAACCGUUGACUGAUGAUUUAGUGAAAGAAUAUGCACCCAGACUUCGCUUCUUACCAAGAGCGCCGUCGCCACAAACUCAACCAUUUAUAGAUGACAGUUCACAACCUUCAAGUAGCAACAGUGAAAAAAGUUCCUAUAAAACUCAUAACCAACAUAUGAUAGUACCAGUGGAUGGCCACUGGCUAAAUUUAAUGAUGGGGAAACGUUUUCAUGAAAAUCUCAACUCUAAUUCUAAUUCCGAAAAUGAUUCCACUAGUUCCUAUGAAUCUAUAAAACCUAUUGAUACAGAACAGCGCUCCCCUACAGUUUGUACUUCUACCGCUAGAAAAUCUGAUGCCAAAGACGAUAAUUUAGACAAAGUAUCUGAGCUAAACGAAAUUGAGACUAAUGAAGCGAAGUCAAGUUGUGAAAACUCUUUAGUGCCAUCUAUCAAUACAUCAUUACUUCCGUGCUCUGUGAAGUUAGAUAAUAGUUCCAAAGAGAAUACAGACUCUAUCGAUAUAAACAAAAGUAAACCUAGUAGCAUCAAUGUAAUAAAUACACACUCCUCUAGAAUAGCAACAAUGAACUUAGAAAUAUCUAAGUUAUCCACCAAGAACAUUAUUGAACAUUCCAAAAUAAUGUCACUGCAGCACAUGGACAGUAUAAUUCCGUAUAGCAGUAACUUUAGCCAUGAUAUAGAGUCCUCAGGUGAUGAAACAUCUAGUAGAGGUACACUUGAUGCCAUAAUUCCACCAUUAAAAGAUUUUCAGGGUAAAAAUAAUCCAUUUUUAAUGCAAAAUACCACAAAAGCAAUGAACAAUGCUAAUAUUUAUAAAAAACAAAGUAAACAUAAUGGAAAACAAAAUCAUUUUCAUGCUAGAUUUUCUCUACCUGUUCAAUUAAAUCCAUUAAUGGGACCUAUGAUAAGACCGCUAAAACGAAAAUUAAGUGAGAAGGAUAUAAUAAUAGGUCCUAAUGGGGAGGUUAAAAGGAGAAAGUAUAGAAGACCACGAAAGUAUUUACAAAUGCAGUUAAAUAAAUCAUGUCCUCUGCCUGAUGAAACGAACAAAGCAGCCCCAACUCAAACAGAGAAUGCAGUAGUCGGACAACAGAGCGCACAUAACAACAACGUGAAAUUUCACGGUAGAAGACUGAGACAGAGACAGGAGAAAAACUACUAUGAGAAUGCGCGGCGGAAUACUAAUAAUAGUACUAGUAAUAAUAAUAGUGUGAAAAGCCUGCAACUGAGUCCACAUAAAACGAACAACGUGGCCGCGGAGGUGGAUGCGCAACAGUUGUCGGCGCUUAAGUCCAGCGUGCAGUCGUACUUCCGAGCAGGACAGACGUUUCGUGUACUCGCUCGACGCCUAGCGCCCGCCGCACCUCCCGCCUAUCUCAUUGAGUGGGACUCCAACGCCUAAUGUACUCUUUGGCGUUUUGUGAAUUUAUUUAAAAUAUAUACAUAAUUAUUCUUAUAAUAUAUUAUAAGUGCUUGUCUGUAGUCUAAUUUAGUUGUACAGUAAGAUUGAGGA